AUGGUCUCGAUCUCCGGCACCAGUCGCGCGAUCUUCGCUGUUUGUUCCCUCAUCGCCGCUCAGGGCGGCUUUGCUGCCGCUGGCGCGACUCAGACUGACGUCGGCGCGUGCCUCGACAAGGCCGGCAUCGAGAACUCGUUGCCCACGACGUCGACCUGGAAGGCUGACACGGAGGCGUGGAACUCGCGUGUGAGCCCCGUGCCGUCGGCCGUUGCCUUCCCCAAGAACGAGGAGGAGGUGUCGGCCGCGCUCAAGUGCGCCGCCGACGCCGGCGUGAAGGUGACGACGCUAGGCGGCAACCGCUCGUUCUCGAGCAUGGGCUUCGGCCGCAACGACGGUGCUCUCAUCAUGAACCUCAAGCACCUCAAGCACCUCGAGUACGACGCGUCCACUGGCCUGCUGUCGUACGGCGGCCCCGUCAUGAUCUCGGAGGCCGCCAACUACAUGUGGAGCAAGGCCAAGCGCACCCUCCCCCACGGCCGUUGCCCCGACGUCGGCAUGACUGGUGUGGCCGCUUCUGGCUUCGGCACCCUCUCGCGCGCCAGCGGCACGGUGCUGGACAACAUCGAGUCUGUGCGCGUGGCGCUUGCCAACGGUUCUAUCGUGAACGCCAACGCCAAGCAGAACUCGGACCUGUUCUGGGGCGUGCGCGGCGCCGCCAGCUCCCUGGGCGUGGUGCUGGACUUCAAGAUCAAGACGUACAAGCCUCCGUCGCAGACCGUGACGAACUACACGAUCGAGUUCAACUCGAGCGCCAAGCCGACGCAGCAGGACAACGUCGACGCGCUCGUUGGCACGCAGACGUGGGCUCUGAGCAAGGACAACAACGACCUGCUGUCCAUCCGCUUCAGCCUCAAGACCAAGUCGACGCUGCAGGGCUUCUUCUACGGCUCGUCCAAGAAGGCCAAGACGGUCUUCGCCUCGCUCAUGAAGAACCUGCCGCCGUCGAUGGUGCUCAAGACGAACGAGUACGACUUCUGGGCGUCGGAGGCCAUCUCGACCCCCGGCCUCGUGGAGCAGACGCUCACCCCUCGCCGCUACUUCUACAUCGCAUCGGUCACGAUCCCCCGCUCGAAGCCGCUCACCAACGCGACGGCCUGGGAGCUGUUCUCCAACACGGCCUUCGCUCCUAAGCUUGUGGACGCUUCGGCCUCCGGCUUCGUGGACAUCUGGGGCGGCAGGUACGCCAAGGGCGUGAAGCCUGGUGCGUCGGCGUGGAAGCACGACAACAACCUGCACCUGGUCCGUUGGGACAUGCGCUCGUCGGCCUUCAACGUUUCGUUCGCUGACAGCACGAUGACGACCAUGCGCACCGGUUUCUACAAGUUCGUGGACGCCUACAAGGCUUCGGGCGGCGUGCCCGGUGGCUUCACGACGUACCGUGACGAGAAGUGGACGGUGGAGGAGAUGGCCGAGUACCUGUACGGCGGCGGCAACUUCGCCAAGCUGCAGAAGAUCAAGACCGUGUACGACCCGAACGAGAUGUUCAACACGGACCCGCAGGCCAUCCCUGCUCUGGCUUAG